AUAUGUGUAACCGUGUUUCAUAAGGCAGAGGAAUUUGAAUAAUAGCAAACUCUUCGGUUUGACUCCUAUGUGUGUGUGUGUGUGAGAGAGAGAGAGAGAGAGAGAGAGAGAGGCGGGGUGCGCGCGCGCGCGUGUGUGUGUGUGUGUGUGUGUGCUCUUCUACUUCUGUUCAGUUCACUAUCCCGUAAGCAAACUUCGAAGAUGAAUGGCUCCGGAAAACUCCGCGUGGCUGUAGUUGGAGCAGGGGCAGCGGGAUUAUGUGCAGCUCGUCACAUCCUGUCUCGAGCCGAACUGUUCGAGCCGCCCGUGGUGUUCGAGCAGAGCGCGCGCGUGGGAGGCACGUGGUACUACGAGGAGCGCGUGGGCACUUCUGACGACGGCCGGCCGAUCCAUGGCAGCAUGUACAGAGACCUGAGAACCAACCUGCCUAAAGAGGUCAUGAUGUUUCCUGAUUUUCCCUUUGACUCCCACUUGCCCUCUUUUCUGACCCACUGGGAUGUUCAGCAGUAUUUAGAGACAUACUGCAAGAGUCAUGACAUCACACCACACAUUAAGUUCAACACUAUGGUGGAAGAGGUGAAACCCAUCUCCAUGGAGACAGAUGAAGGGGGGGCUGUGAGGUGGGAGGUAAUUUCGCGUGGCAUGCACGGAGGACAUAGCACACAGACAUUCGACUCUGGGUUCAUCUGCAGUGGUCAUUAUUCUGCGCCCCAUUUGCCCUCCAUUCCAGGAAUAGAGCAUUUUAAAGGAAAGGUGAUGCACAGCCACUCUUAUCGCUGCCCAGAGCCUUUUGCCCAUCAAUCUGUUGUGGUCUUGGGUGCGGGAGCAUCUGGGGUUGACAUCUCGUUUGAGCUGGCUCAAGCUAAAGCCCAGGUGAUUUUGAGCCAUAAUAAGCCAGCCCUGCCAUUUUCUUUGCCUCUGGAAAUCAAGCAGGCACCUCCUGUAGUGAAGGUGCUGGACGAUGGCUCUCUGUUCUUCCAGGAUGGUUCAGUGGCCCACGCUCAAGUUCUUCUGCUUUGCACUGGAUACAAAUACCAAUUCCCAUUCCUCUGCCCAAAACAGCUUGGCCUGGAGGUGCAGCACCACCUACUGGCUCCUCUUUACAAGUACCUGGUGCUUCCAGCCUUUCCCUCACUCUUUUUUAUAGGUGUGUGCACAAUCAUCUGCCCUUUUCUUCACUUCCAUUAUCAGAUCCAGUUUGCGCUUGCAGUUCUUGACGGCACUGUGCAGUUGCCCUCACGUGAGUUGAUGGACGAAGAUGUAGAGAGAGAGAGGCAAAGAAAGACACAGAUGGGUGUUCACCUCCUGCAAAUGGAUUCUGAUCAGUGGGAUUACUAUGUGAGUCUGGCAAAAACAGCAGGGUUGCCUCCUCCAAAUCCAGUUAUACAAAGUCUCUAUGAAGAAGUAGCGAGACAACGACGGGCAAACCCUCAAGCCUACAGAGAACUGAACUACAAAUUGGUUAAUGCCACUGAGUGGCAGCUUUUCAAUGCACCUUCUGAACAAACUGAUAAUAUUUAGUUAGAGAUCUUUAGUAGCAGUAAAUCAAGGAAAAUGCACCUCUCACCAGUCAUCCGAAGCUCUCCAUCACUUGCAAUCAAAUCAAUUCUUCAUCUGAUUUAUCUCAACUGAUUAAACAGAACUAUUUUCUGUCAUAUGCAAUAAACAUGUUUCUCAAUCAAUUUGAAUUGUAGAACUAAUACCCGUUCAUUGAUGCAAACAAAACAAACAUGUGUAGGGCCCCUGGAUUUUCACAAAUGACUGAAUCUUUUCAGAAAAAUGGCACAACCUACACUGCGAGUUCACUGGCAGUGAACUUGAUUUAAUAUUUCUAGGUAUUCAAUACAAGAAUUACUAAAAAUAUUCAUAGACAUUAAAGGACCAAGAGAAUGUGAUACUAGUCUCAUACCUGUGAUCUUUUCACUACUGACCGGAUUAACCUAUUAGAGAUGCUGUAUUUAUUAAGGAGAUUUUGUAACACUAAAUUUGUCUGUAGCGUUCUGAAUUUAUUCUGAAAAUGUAAACUUCCACAUUAAAGGAAAUGAUGAACUAAAUGUAUACUUUUUAGGUAAAGUAUAAUAAAUGUGUGAUGGAUAUCCUAUAACAAUAAAGAUAGUAUGCCAAAUAAAAAUGUUUUACUGACAUGAGCAAGUAGGAGUUUAUGAAUAUUCAGGUAUAUUGGGGCAUCAGGUUAAUCAGGACACUAUAAAACAGCAGCAUUUAUUUUCUGGCUUUAUAAGCAAAAAUGUAGUGUUGUUAUUAAACCCUUGCUGUUUUCAUCAAACAGAAAGUUGACGCCAAAAAGCAUAUGGUAGGAACAUGUGCAUUGGCUAGUUUUUCUUAUAAGGUUAUAAAAUUGUCAUGACAUAAAUAUGUGUAAUAUGUAUAUUACACAUAUUUAUGAUGCACGUACGGAUACAAAAUAAGCAUAAAAUUAGUUCAAAUCAUGUACAUAUGUAUAUAAUGACUAAUUGGAUGACCACACAUAGAUAAUUGGGAGAGUUUUCCAAACAAGUAUGUAUGGAGAGGUGUUUUGUUUUUGUUUUGUUUUUAGUUAGGGCACAGUGUUCAUUUAAUUUUAGGGAAUGACAUCAACAUUUUUUUUAUGCUGCUACUGCAAUGUUACUUAACUUUAAUUGGUUUUCCACUGUGAUCUUUACUUAAUCUGUUCAUACUGAAUUUAAAAAAAAAAAAAAAAAAAGAUCAAUUGUGAAUUUUGAAAAUGUUGUCAUUAGUGUACAAAACAAAUUAUAGAAAAUAUUUAGGCAUAUUAAAAUGUUAAGAUGUAGUUAUUUUUAAUUUAGUCUACUUUACAAAUGCAGUACACAAAUUAAGAACAUACUGAUUGUAUAUCUGGAGAUUUUUUCCCAAAUCCUGUUAUUGAAAUCUGAUUUACUGAUGCCAUGACGAAUGCUAGAAGUAAAUUCAAAUUCCCAAACAUACUGUCCCAAAUGACCAAAUGUCCCAUUAAAAUACUUGACAAGAAUUUAAAUGAUCAUAUAACCAUUUUCCUUUCACAUGGAGAUGUUUAACACCUUGAGGAUUUCUCAAAGGUAUCAUACAUCAAGGUAUUGUGUUUUAUUAAUGGCAAGAUAGCUCAGGUAAAAUAAAAUGAAAAGUCGCAAUAUAUAUCUUAAUAAAGCCUAAAUAAAGUAUAAUCUUAAUUGAAUUUCUAUGAA